AUGGUCGAACUUAAUUCAGAUAAAUCACUCUCAUGUAAACUAUGUUCUGAUGAAACAACGAAAAAUUUAUGCAUAGCAAAUUGUAUUGGAUGUAAAGAUCUAUUUUGUUUUGAUCAUUUACUUCAACAUCGAAAACAAUUAUCAAAUGAUAUUCAUCAAUUAAUUCAACGUCACAAUGAUAUUAAUGAAAAAUCAUUUCCACAAUUAACUGUUAGUCAACAUGUUGAAUAUAUUGAUAAAUGGGAAAAUGAAACAAUUGAAUUAAUUCAAACACAUACAAAAUAUGUUAAAGAAAAAAUUCAAACUAUAUUUCAUACAUAUAAAACAGAAUUAAAAAAAUUUCAUACAAUGUUAGGUGCCGAACUUGAUAAUAAACAAAAUACAAGUACAUGUAUUGAACAGAAUCUCACAGAUUUAUCACAACAAAUCGAACAAUUAGAUAAAGAAAUUCAUCGUAUGAAUAAUGUUAUACAACAAAUGACGAAUAAUGAAUUAAAUCAAAUAGUAAAAAGUAUCAAUUUAUCAGCAAAUACAAUAGGUAAAACAAUACAAUGGAAUUAUUCACAUGAAAUAAAACUUGAUUCAACAUAUGGUUAUAUGGCAGCUAAUCAUCGACAAAUAUUUCUUGGUUGGAAAAAUCGUAUUGUUAUUUAUAAUAUAAAUGGUACAAAACAUGAUGAAACACGUUUACAAUCAACUGAAACCUAUGGUGAAUUAUGUGAUUUAAUAUGGUCAUCAACAAUGCAACGAUUUUUUAUUUUAUGUCAAAAAUCAUUAUUUGUUCAUUAUCCAUCGAGUAGUCAAGUUGAAAUUUUAUCGAAUAUAUCAUUAAUUAAUCAAGAUAAUGAAUAUAUAUCAAUAACAACAAAUGAAAAUAAUUUAUUUAUAUUAAAUAAAAAAUCACUUGAAAUCUGGAAAUUAAAUAAUAAACUAUUUCAAUUAGAUAAUACAAUAUUAAUAACAUUUAUUAUUAAAAAUCCAUAUGAUGAAAAUAUUUGUUCAAUACGUGCUAAUGAACAAAAUUUAGCUGUACUUAUACAAAAUAAUAAAACACAUACAUGGCGUUUAGAUUUAUUUAAUUUUUAUCCAUUUCAUCGUACUCAUAUGGGUACAUCAUUUGAUCAUUAUAAUCAAGAAAAUCUUGGUUCAAUUACAGCAUUUACAAAUAGUACAUAUUUAUUUAUGAAUUGGGAAACAAAAUUAAUGCGUAUGAUUGAUCAAAAUAAUUUAAAUGAAAUUAUUGAUUAUAAUGCGUAUAAUGCAUGUUUAUUAGAUACUCAACGUAUGCUUGUUGUGAAUUAUAUGACUUAUUUAAAAGUCUAUUCAUUUUGA